CUCUGUAUGAGUGGUUGAAGAGUGGUCACAGUCAUCUCGUGGUCCUUUACCCAGACCCCCUUUCUGGAGUUUGGUUUGGACCCUAUACAGUUUGCCAAUGCUGACAAGGAACUGCUUGCUGCUGCUCCUUUGGUUUCUCAUGGACAAAGGCCUCCUUUCGCCCCUCCACUCCCCGCCCCAAGGCAGGCUGGGAAAGGAGCCCCCCCGGAACCUUGCGGGCCUGAGGCGGAAUGGAGCCACGGGGUUCCAGCGGGUCAAGCGGGGCUGGGUCUGGAACCAGUUCUUUGUUCUGGAGGAAUACAUGGGGUCUGACCCGCAGUAUGUGGGCAAGCUCCACACCGACCUGGACAAGGGUGACAACGCGGUGAAGUACACUCUCUCGGGAGAUGGUGCCGGCUCUAUAUUUACCAUCGACCAGACGACCGGAGAUAUACACGCCUUAAGGAGUCUCGACCGGGAGGAGAAACCUUACUACACGCUACGUGCCCAGGCUGUCGAUGUGGAGACUGGCCUACCCCUCGAGCCAGAAUCGGAGUUCGUAAUCAAGGUUCAAGAUAUCAACGAUAAUGAGCCAAAGUUCCUGGAGGGUCCUUACACAGCUAGCGUGCCAGAGAUGUCACCAGUGGGCACCUACGUGAUGCAGGUGACGGCCACGGACGCAGACGACCCGACGUAUGGAAACAGUGCGCGUGUUGUGUACAGCAUCCUACACGGACAGCCCUACUUCUCUGUCGAUCCCAAGACAGGAGUUAUCCGGACGGCCCUGUCGAACAUGGACAGGGAAGUGAAGGAGCUCUACCAGGUCCUCAUUCAAGCCAAAGACAUGGGAGGGCAGCUCGGGGGGCUGGCCGGUACCACAACCAUCAACAUCACCCUCAGCGAUGUCAAUGACAACCCGCCGAGAUUCUCCAAAAGCAUUUUCCACCUGAGGGUUCCGGAAUCCUCUCCCGUGGGGUCGGCGGUAGGGCGGAUCAAAGCUCAUGACCUGGACAUCGGGAAGAAUGCCGAGGUGGAGUACAACAUCGUCCCUGGGGACGGGGGGGCCAUGUUCGACAUCACCACCAACGAGCACAACCAGGAGGGGAUAAUCGUUCUGAAAAAGCCAUUGGACUACGAGACGAAAAAGGCCUACACCUUCAAGGUGGAGGCCUCCAAUGCGCACCUGGACCCCCGCUUCCACAACUUCGGCCCCUUCAAGGACACGGCCACCGUAAAGAUCAAUGUGCUGGAUGUGGACGAGCCGCCCGUCUUCAGCAAGCCAUCCUACAGCAUGGACGUGUACGAGGACACGCCUGUCGGCAUCAUCAUCGGCGCGGUGACUGCCCAAGACCUGGACGCCGGGAGCAGUCCGGUGAGGUAUUCUAUUGACUGGAAGAGUGAUUGGGACAGCUACUUUGAGAUCGACCCAGUGGCAGGGACCAUUUCCACCAACGAGCUGCUGGACAGGGAGAGUAUCGCACAGCACAACAUCUCCAUUGUGGCGACUAAAGUUAACAACCCGGUCCUGACCAGCAAAGUGGCCGUCACAGUCCACGUUCUGGACGUGAAUGAAUUCCCGCCAGAGUUUGCAGUUCCCUAUGAGACCUUUGUCUGCGAGAACGUGAAAGUGGGCCAGGUGAUUCAGACCAUCAGCGCUAAGGAUCGGGACCUGCCACCUGCCGACCAGCGGUUCUUCUUCAAAACGCCGCAGGGAGACGGGAGCAACAGGAACUUCACAGUCCGGGACUUUGGGAACAACACGGCCGGCGUGGUGGCCAGCCGCAGCGGCUUCAGCCGACGGGCGCAGGAGAUCUACCUGCUGCCCGUGGUGAUCGAGGACAGCGGCUACCCCGUGCAGAGCAGCACCAGCAACCUGACCAUCCGCGUGUGCGCCUGCGACACGGACGGCGCCCUGCUCUCCUGCAACGCCGAGGCCGUCUUCCUGCCCGUGGGGCUGAGCACCGGCGCCCUGAUUGCCAUCCUCCUCUGCAUCGUCAUCCUGCUGGUGAUUGUCGUGCUGUACGUGGGCCUCCGGCGCCAGAAGAAAAAGGAGACACUAAUGACGUCGAAGGAGGACAUCCGCGACAACGUCAUCCACUAUGACGACGAGGGCGGCGGCGAGGAGGACACCCAUGCCUUCGACAUGGGCACGCUGCGCAACCCCAAGGCUGUCAAGGAAGGGGGGUUCCGCCGGGACGUCCGGCCCGAGGCACCGGCUCGUGCCCGCGGCCCUGCCACCACUGCCGCCACCGCCACCACCACCACCACCGCCGCCGUCUCGCAGGACAGCGCAGACAUCCGGGACUACAUCCGCCAGCGGCUGGAGGAGAACGACGCCGACGGCCAGGCACCACCCUACGACUCGCUGGCCACCUAUGCCUACGAGGGCGAGGGCUCAGUGGCUGAGUCCCUCAGCUCCAUCGAGUCACCGCCAGUCGACGCCGACGAGGACUACGAUUACCUCAGCGAGUGGGGGCCCCGCUUCAAAACGCUGGCGGGGAUAUUCGGGGAGCAGGACCCCCCUUCCGAGACAAUAGAAAACAAACAUUAA